UUCGUUUGAAACUCAAUAGAUCAUCAGAUCGCAGUCAUCUCCCCUGAUUCGUGAAUCCCAAUUCCCAAUCCGUCGCCGGCCGCCGGUGGCCGGUUGCUGGCACUGUCUACACCGAAGCCCUCUCUCUCUCUCUCUCUCGAUCUCGAUCUCGAUCAAUGGCCGCAGAGUCUCUCACUAGUGAGCGAAAAGGUGAGAAGAGAAAAGCGGAAGUGGUGGUUCACCUUAGAGCCACUGGCGAUGCUCCCAUAUUGAAGCAGGCUAAAUUCAAGAUUGCUGGAUCGGACAAGUUCUUGAAGGUCAUUGAGUUUCUUCGCCGCCAGCUUCAUAGGGAUACCUUGUUUGUCUAUGUCAACAGUGCUUUUUCUCCAAGUCCAGAUGAGUUAGUUAUCGACCUAUACAAUAAUUUUGGAUUUGAUGGAAAGCUUGUGGUCAAUUAUGCUUGCUCAAUGGCAUGGGGCUGAGAUCGAAGAAGCCGUUUUUUUUUAUUUCUUCCUGGAUAUUAUACUGCAAAGGAUAACAGUUUAACAUUUUAAAUCCAACAAUUCUUGAUUCAUGAUGUAAAUCUCCAUACUAGUUUCCUUGUUGAUUAGAAACAGUUCUUAUUACUUUGUUAAACAACUCGUUUUGUGAUAUUCAUAUGGUUUGGCAA